CGUCGGCGGAUCCACCGGAUCCACCGGAUAUGUCCGGAAACGGUGCCGGAGGCCGCUCUGGGCUCCUCUGGGCACCUCCCCCGGGGCCGGUUUUGUGAGGAUGUCUCAAGCGAGGGCGCCGGUUUGGGAUUCGUCGGCGGAUCCACCGGAUCCACCGGAUCUGUCCGGAAACGGUGCCGGAGGCCGCUCUGGGCUCCUCUGGGCACCUCCCCCGGGGCCGGUUUUGUGAGGAUGUCUCAAGCGAGGGCGCCGGUUUGGGAUUCGUCGGAUCCACCGGAUCCACCGGAUCUGUCCGGAAACGGUGCCGGAGGCCGCUCUGGGCUCCUCUGGGCACCGCGCCGGGGGUGAGGAUGACGGUAGUUCCACAGAAACUCCUUCAAAUUAUUGGACAGGGUCUCGGUGAUUGCCCCAAUUUUGGAGCGACAGAUUUUUGCUUCGUUCCCCUCUGGAUCAAACGUUCAUUCUGGCAGGGCCGUGGCUACUAUAGAUGAGCAUUUAUUUGUCAAUGCAGCCAAGCACCAUGGUUUUGAGGUGCCCCGGUUGAUAUCCAGCUAUUCUCUUCCUGAGUUCCGCCAUGAGCAACGUGGCAGACGUAUAGUGCAAAAGGCAAAGAACGACGCAGUGGUUGAGAAGAUUGUUUCAUCUCGAUACCGCCUUUUCCCUAGCGGUGUUCGUGCGAAUGUGCCGAUUGCCCUUGAAAGUAAAACGAUUUAUGUGAAAGUUUCCAAUGGUCCGAUCCCCCCACUGCCCGUUGGUGCUUGCAGUGGAACGGCGCUUGACAUGCAUCUUGAACGUUGUGCCAGACUGUUCCGACCACAAAACGCUAUCCACUUGAAUUCGAUAAUGCCGCCCGUUUCGAAACCAGCCGGGCUUCUGAGCAUUGGUGGUACUCAUACGGAGCUCCGUGCCGAUGACCGUGCUGGAUCUGUGCUCCGUGAAUUGGCGCCGAAGCCGAUGAAGCAGUUCAGGGAGAGCGAGGACCUUUCUGAUACUUUGGCCUGUGCGAUUGAUAUUAAACAGGACGAAGCUAACCACACGUCUGUGAACACGUACGUGAAGACUCCUCAUUCGUUGUGCUGCUCGCUCGGAGCACAGACACAUGUGUUCCUGGCUUUCUAGUGUGAUUGCCCGCUGUGUCGCGAGAUCUUGGAUUCGAUUGACUGCGCAAGUGAUUCGACACAUGCAUGCCGAUUUGAUUGCAAGUUGCCCUGUCGCAUCGACCCACAUACUGCAUUAGCGCAUUAGCACACAUAUCGAAAUAGCAGCCAAGAGAACUCGGCGCGUGAAGGGGCUGCGCUACCAACAAAAUACGCAGCGUUUGGUGCCUUCGGUGCAAGGAAGCGCUGCGUAAGUUUGGUCUGUCUGGUUACUUCGGCGUGGAGAACAAGACACACUGCGUAUGUCUGUGUUUUCCCACCCGACAGGAUGGGGUUGGUAGAUUUCACGCCCGGCCAACCCCACCUUGCAUUUCGCGGCCGCCAGACCCCGAGUUGUCCCGAUGACCCCCGACUCCCAGGUGUCCCGCUUCGCGCCCGGUCAACCCCACCUUGCAUACCGCGGCCGCCAGACCACAAGUUGUUCCGAUGAUCCCCGAGAAUCCCGGGUGUCCCGCCUCGCGCCCGGCUAACCCCACUUUGCAUACCGCGGCCGCCAGACCC